AUGGCGGCUUCACGACUCGACAGGCUUGUGACGCUUUUAGAGACGGGCAGUACUCAGCUCAUACGGAAUACCGCUGCCCAACAACUUGCGGAUGUGCAAAAGAAUCAUCCAGAUGAGCUGUUCAACCUCCUGACUCGCGUUGUGCCAUAUCUCAGAUCAGUAUCAUGGGAUACGCGAACGGCCGCUGCAAAGGCUAUAGGCGGCAUCGUCGAGCAUGCGGAGAAGUACGAUCCUAACGCGACUCUUGAAGAUGUCAAGCCCGACACCAACGGCAGGAAUGACUCCAUCAAAGAAGAAAAUGGAGCUUCACUCACUGGCCCUGAUCAACUCCAGCUAUCCACCCUGGACGUUGAGUCCAUCCUUACCUACGGCAAGGAGCUCCUCGGUAGUGCUGGGAAGCAGUACGACUUCAAGCUGGCCGGGCUGAAUGCUUCCGAACGUCUCGCGCAUCAGAAGAAGACGCUGACCUCACGUCUCGGGCUGGGCGGAGAGUACAUCGAAGAUGAUCUUGUCACUGAAAAAGACAUCGCAAUACGAUCUGGGUCUUUCUCGGCGCCAGGCCUGCCGAAGCUCGAUACCGGUGUUUCCAACAUGAGCAGUCAGGCUGAUGAGGUGCUUAUGAAGUCUCCCGAGAAUUUGCCUCCGACUACUCCAGCUGAAGGAGAGAUGAGCAAGCGACAGCUCAACAUGCUCAAGCGGAGGCGAAAGGAGGAGCUGAAACGCGACAACAAGAAGUUCAAGUACGAUUUUGCGCAACGGCGCAGCAGUACCAGCGGCGGAGCUACUGCUAUGGAAGCGGACGUCAAGCCGGACAUCAAGCAGGAACCUUCUGAGAACGGCAACGCGGACUACAUAUCGCUGGACCGCAAGGGUGGGGACGAUGAGAGCAAAGUGGUGUCAGAGUUUAAAGGCAUGCCGGUGCAAGAAAAGUCCAGCCUGGUCACAGAAGCAGAAGAAGAGGGCAACGAGUGGCCUUACGACCGGCUUUGCGAAUUCCUGACCGUCGAUCUUUUCGAUCCAGCAUGGGAGAUCCGACACGGCGCUGCGAUGGGCCUCCGUGAGAUCGUGCGUGUGCACGGGGAGGGCGCAGGUCGACAAGGCGGCAAGACACGGCCGGAGAACGACAGGCUCAACCAAGCAUGGCUCGAUGACCUAGCAUGCCGAUUAUGCUGCGUCUUUAUGCUCGACCGCUUCGCUGACUACGUCUCUGACAACGCCGUCGCACCUAUCAGGGAGACGGCCGGCCAGGUUCUAGGCGCGGUACUCCAGCAUCUCCCCGCAUCAUCCGUCCACGACAUCAACCGCAUACUCUACCGCCUUGUCAUGCAAAAGGACCUCAAAGUCUCCCGCCGCAUCUGGCACGCUUGCCAUGGUGGUAUGAUCGGCAUGCGCUACCUUGUCGCCGUCCGGAAAGACCUCCUCUUCCAAGACGCUUCCCUUAUGGACGGUGUGCUAGAAUGCGUCAUCAAGGGACUCGGCGACCAGGACGACGAUGUCCGAUCCGUGAGCGCCGCCACUCUCAUCCCUGUCGCACAGGAAUUCGUCAAUGUCCGACAGAACGAACUCAAGAACCUUAUCAGUGUUGUCUGGGAGUGCUUGUCCAGCCUAAGCGAUGACCUCAGCGCUAGUACCGGUGCGGUCAUGGAUUUGCUGGCGAAGCUCUGCAGUUUCCCGGAAGUGCUGGAGGCCAUGAAAGAGAAUGCUGAGGUAGAUCCGGAGCAAAGUUUCGAGGAUCUGGUUCCUAGGCUUUACCCGUUCUUGAGGCACACCAUUCGGACGGUCAGGUCGGCAGUACUGAGAGCGCUGCUGACGUUUAUCAAUAUCGAGGGUGUGGAUACGAAGGGCUGGAUCAAGGGGAGAGCACUUCGGCUGGUCUACCAGAAUCUGCUUGUGGAAAGGGACGACGAUGUGCUGAAGCUUUCGCUGGAAGUCUGGAACGCGCUCGUCGACGCUCUCGCUCGGCAAGGACCAGAGUACUUCCGACAAGAGUUCGAGCCUCACGCCGCACCUCUUGUUGCACUCACUGUUCACCCCAUCGGCAACAGUCGACACCCUCAGCCUAUGGAUGCAACGCUUUUCCUCAAACCUUCCGGACAGAGCUUCGCGCCUCUCGCCACUGCCCACCGAGCCUCUCCCGUCAACGGUGCAUCUCCACCUGCAAAGAAGAGGCGCAAGUCUGAGAAGAGCAUAUCCACAGCCAUUCCAACUGGACCAAUAUCACACAACAUCGACGCCGCGAUCAUGCAAGGCGACGUUGACCUGGUUGGCACAGACGUCAUGAUCAGGACGCGCAUCUUCGCUACCCGUGCACUUGGGAAUGCCAUCUCUGCCUGGCCAAUGGAAGAGCGGUCGUCCUUCUUCGGGCCGAAGCUCAUGCCUCAUCUCACAUCGAUGUACGGCUCGAGCCAAAUCUUCGCAGCCAUGGCGCUCGAAGGCUACGCAGCCACGUUGGCAGCAAAGGAUGAUCUCGCCACAAAUGCCGCCGCAGAACUGCGAGGCAUGGUGGAGGAGGAACGUCCUGGCUGCUAUAGUGACCAGAACAACUACCUGAAAAUCGCUAGAGCGCAGUGUCAGCAGCUGCUCAACGCUUUCGCCGAGCAAGCUCAUGUCUCAGGCAACAAGCUACCCGUUAUGGCUGUCGUCUGUCAGGGCGAGCCGGAAGCUGGCAAGAAUGCUUUCUCCAUUGAGAAUGCUGAAAGGAUUGCUACUGUCGAAUUUGAGCGGCUCAAGAAAGGUCUGUCUUCUGUACAGCGCAUGGCGGCUGCGGAGGCGCUGGAGACGGCAAGACUGGACGCUCAGACCGCCAUUGCUGAGGCCAAGAGUGCGAAGCUGCGCAGUGAUCUGCGCAUUCAAUCAUCGGCUGCUACUGCGUUGGUGGCUUUCCGCGAUAUCCCCAAGAAGCCACAGUACGCCAUCAAAGCGCUCAUGGACAGCGUCAAAGAGGAAGAGAGCACCGAUCUUCAGCACCGAUCUGCUUGCGCGGCUGCCGGCUUGGUCAGUCAGCUUGUUGCCUCAGAACGGCACAAGGUCGUUGAGAAGGUGGUCGGCAACCUCGUCAAGUACUGCUGCAUGGAGACUGGCGAGACGCCUGAGUUCCAUCCAAAUGCUACGAAAGAGGCUGGCAUUCUUUCGUUGCAAAAAGAUGAGGAUAUCCAAGACCGGCCGGAUGCUGCGAAGUAUGAGCGGGAAGUCAGGGCGGCGAAGAUUACGACAAGAGGAGCGAAAGAUGCGCUGGAGCAGCUGUGUCAGAACUUCGGCGCAGAGAUAUUCACAAAGGUGCCAAAGUUGCGGGAUGUCAUUGAAGGGCCAAUACGGUAUUGCUUUUCUGGUGAGCUGCCUACCGGAAUCGCCGAUCCAGAGACGACGACUGGGCAAGAGGUUGUCGAUGCCAUGUCGACUUUGCGAGCGCUGGUUGCCACGCUGGAUCCUGGUCUUCAUAGCUGGGUACUGGACCUACUACCCUUCGUCGCCACUGCUCUGCAGAGCAAGCUUGCCGUCUUGCGGUACACGGCCGCGAAGAGCUUCGCCAGCGUCUGCAGCGUUAUCACCGUGCAGGGCUUCACUAUGCUCGUGGAGAAAGUGUUACCGGCUAUCAACAACUCACUUGAAGUCGUGCAUCGACAAGGCGCUAUCGAGUGCAUCUACCAUCUUAUCCAGGUGAUGGGCGACGGCAUACUGCCAUAUGUCAUCUUCCUGCUGGUGCCAGUGCUCGGCCGCAUGAGCGAUUCUGACGGCGGUGUGCGCCUGAUCGCUACCACAGCAUUCGCUACGUUGGUGAAGCUCGUACCGCUCGAAUCCGGCAUACCCGACCCUCCAGGCCUCCCGCAAAGUCUCCUCGAAGGCCGCGAGCGCGAGCGCAAGUUCAUCGCUCAAAUGCUGGACCCGAAGAAAGUCGAGCCCUUCGAAAUCCCCGUCGCCAUCAAAGCCGAGCUGCGCUCCUACCAGCAAGAAGGCGUCAAUUGGCUGCACUUCUUGAACAAGUACAACCUCCACGGCGUGCUGUGUGAUGACAUGGGUCUGGGCAAGACUCUGCAAACGCUCUGCAUCGUCGCCAGUGACCAUCAUAUGCGAUCAGAGGAGUUCGCGAAGACAGGAGCUCCGGACAUGCGACGCGCGCCAUCGCUUAUCAUUUGCCCGCCGACGUUGACUGGGCAUUGGAAGCAGGAGAUUCUACAGUAUGCUCCUUUCUUGACUGCUGUGGCGUAUGCUGGACCGCCUCCUGAGAGAAGUCGAGUUCGUUCGCAGCUUGCGACGGCGGAUAUUGUUAUUACAUCGUACGACAUUUCGAGGAACGACGUCGAGAUACUGCUGCCGAUCAGCUGGAACUACUGUGUGCUGGAUGAGGGCCACCUGAUCAAGAAUCCAAAGGCGAAGGUGACGCAGGCUGUGAAGAGGCUGAUCAGCAACCAUCGGCUGAUUCUCUCUGGGACACCGAUUCAGAACAAUGUACUGGAGUUGUGGUCGCUGUUCGACUUCUUGAUGCCAGGGUUCUUGGGCACGGAAAAGGUGUUCCAAGAUCGCUUUGCUAAGCCCAUUGCUGCGAGCAGGUUUGCCAAGUCGUCAUCGAAGGAGCAGGAAGCUGGGGCGCUUGCGAUUGAGUCGUUGCACAAGCAGGUCCUGCCAUUCCUGCUUCGCCGACUCAAGGAAGAGGUGCUGAACGACCUGCCGCCCAAGAUCCUGCAGAACUACUACUGCGACCUCAGCGACCUUCAACGCAAGCUCUUCGAUGACUUCAGUAAGAAAGAAGCUAAGGGCUUGCACGAUAUGGCCGGCAGCGCGGACAAGGAAGCCAAGCAGCACAUCUUCCAAGCCCUGCAGUACAUGCGCAAGCUCUGCAACUCCCCAGCUCUCGUCAUGAAGGAAGGCCACAAGCAGUACGCUGCUACUCAAGAGGUCUUGAAACGCGAAGGCUCGAGCAUUAAGGAUCCGAAGCAUGCACCCAAGCUCACAGCUCUCCGCGACCUUCUUGUCGAUUGCGGUAUUGGUGUCGAAACCACAGAGACCGGCGCUGUCCCUACUGCUGACCAGGCAGUGUCCCAACACCGGGCCCUCAUCUUCUGCCAAAUGAAGGAGAUGCUCGACAUGGUCGAGUCGACCGUGCUGAAGAAACUGCUCCCCUCCGUCACCUUUGCCCGUCUUGACGGUUCCGUGGAGGCAUCGAAGCGUCAGGACAUCGUCAACCGCUUCAACUCCGACCCCUCCAUCGACUGCCUCCUGCUCACUACCAGUGUCGGAGGUCUAGGCCUCAACCUGACUGGCGCGGACACGGUCAUCUUCGUCGAGCACGACUGGAACCCGCAAAAGGACCUCCAGGCCAUGGACCGCGCGCACCGCAUCGGGCAGAAGAAAGUCGUCAACGUCUACCGCCUGAUCACGCGCGGGACGCUGGAAGAGAAAAUCCUCAACCUGCAGAGGUUCAAGAUCGACGUCGCCUCUACGGUCGUGAAUCAACAGAACGCCGGGUUGGGCAGUAUGGAGACAGAUCAAAUACUGGACCUCUUCAAUCUUGGCGAGACGGAUCCGAACCUGUCCAUUACGGAUGGGAAGGAAGGGGAGAAGGUCGAUGCGGACAAUGCGGUGGACGCGGAGGGCAACGUGAAGGAGAAGGGGAAGAAGGGAAUUUUGGAUGAGUUGAGCGAGUUGUGGGAUGAGCGGCAGUAUGAGGAGGAGUUUAAUUUGGAUGGGUUCUUGAAGAGUAUGAAGGCUUGA